CUUUCCAUUCUCAAAAGUCUCAACACAUAUCUCUAAUACAUAUUUUGAAAAUGGGAAAUGCAUCAAUCACUUUAUGCUUUAAUCAUAACACAAACUCAUCAUCAUCAAUAGUGAAGCUCAUAUUUUGGGAAGGAACAUCAAGAUCAUUGAAAGGAAAACAUAUAGCUGGUGAAAUAAUGUUUGAAUUCCCUGAAAUGAUGGUUUGCCAUGCAGAUUCAUUCUUUAUAGGACAUCCAAUUCCAGUUUUAUCCAUAGAUGAUGAACUUAUGUUAGGUCAAACCUACUUUGUUCUACCUAUUGACCGUUUUGCUAUUGACACCCUCUCCGUUUCUUCAAUCUCAGCCUUUGGAUCUUGCCCUAAUAAAUCUCCCAUCAAAUUUGGAAAGUGUCCUUUUGAAUACUUGAAAGGUUCCAAUGGAAGGGUGGUUAUUAAGGUCAUGCCUGAGUUCAUAACUGGUCUCAUCUAUGGUGACAAAGAGAUGAAUAAUAAUGGAACACCUUAUAGCAACGGUUUCCUUUGUAGUACUCCUGAGUUGAAAAAACAUUAUGAAGCACUUGUGAAGUCUAAGGAUCAGGUUUGGUCACCUAAGCUUGAAACUAUUACAGAAUACAAGGUUAGGUUUUCACCAUGUAGGUUCAUAGAAUGGAAAGAAAAAGAGAAGCCAAUGGAAUUGUACUAGAAUAUGAUAAUUCAUGUAAUUUUAAAUUUACUAAUUGUUAAUUAUACAUAUUUGAAAUCUUAUACUGUGAUUAUUUCUAGUCUCAUAUUCAAGAUGAUUAGCCA